UCAUCCUCACCGCUUCGUCUCCCUCCUCUGUGUCGCUCCUCUGUCUCCGUCGAUUUUUCCAACACGGUGGCGGCACGGCGGCCGUCGUCGUAGGACAUGGAUGACCCGCAUCGUCGGGUGCGAGGCGAUCCAGCGCCGCCGUAUGGAGAUUUUGAUGGUCUGUUCAGUGUUGAGAUCCACCAUAGUGGUUUCUUUUGUGGCAGUGACAUAAACAGAACAUACAUGGACUAUGAGGUUGAUUGGUUUGACAAUUGUCAGACUGACACUUGGUCCUUACUCUGGAUUGAUGACUUUCUUCUGCAGCUGGGCUAUGAUAGACAAGCUUCAAAGAUUGAUGUUUACUGGUGUGAACCAAGAAAGACAGUUAGUGAUGGCCUGAAGCUCUUAACCUGUGAUGCCGACAUUGUUCUUAUGAUUUGUGCAACAUUAGAGCACAAGAACCUGCUGCUGAUAGUAGACCAUGGUGAUACCCUGCAGUCAUUAAACAAAGAUGAUGUUCUGACAAAUGGAGUGAAGGAUCCACCUAAGGUUAUUACUCCAAAGAGGCAUGGAAAAGAAAAUGUCAGUUAUCCAGAGAAAGAGCAGAGUCCUAGAGAGAAAAUGUCAAGGACAACAAGGAGAUCUAUGUCAUUUGGAGAAGGAUGUAGCUCAAGGAAUGCUAUGGAGGAGGAGAAUAUUGAGGAUGUUAACAAUAGUGAAGAAGAGGGAAAUGAUGAGGAUGCAGGGUCAGAAACAGACGAGGAGUUCUAUGAGAGUGACUAUGAAGUUGCAGAAGGUGAUGAUGAUUUGUUUGACGCAAAUGUAGACAAAGAUGUUGAUGAUCACAGAGAGAAGAACAUAUUGCCAGACUUUGAAGAAGAACUUCCAGAAGAUGCUUUGGAGGACAGCCACUUAAAUAUGUCGAAAGAAGAGAAAGAGAAGUUGAAGCACAAAUUCAGUACUUUCAACCCAACAACUGAUCUGAAUGCACCUGUGUUUAAGAUUGGGUUGGUGUUUGCAGAUAUGAAGGAAUUGAGGCAUGCUCUCACUGCAUACAGUGUAAGGAAUAGGGUGAAAGUGAACAAGCUCCGAAAUACUUCAGUAUCACUAGAGGCUGUAUGCAAGCCUGGUUGCACUUGGUACUUGAAGGCAGGUAAAGAUAACAGGUCAAGUAGCAUACAGAUCAAGAAGUAUGUUGACAAUCACACUUGCACAAAAGCAUGGGACCUGAGAGUUCUGACUGCUCCUUUUCUUACUAACAAGUUCAGAGAAGAAUUCAGAGACAAUGAAAAAAUGCCUCUGAAGAAAUUUUCAGAUAAGGUGGAGACAGAAUAUAAUUUGGUUCCACACAGGAGUAAGUUGGGAAGAGCUAGGAGAGCAACAGUGAAUCAAAUAAGGGGAGUAGAUGAUGACCAAUAUAAUACUUUGUGGGACUAUGGUCAGGAGCUUAGAAGGAGCAAUCCAGGAAGCCAGUUCUUCUUGUGCACUAAGGAAGUAUUUGAUGAGAAGACAAAGAAGGGAUUAAUAAACGCAGUGAAAAAGGUUUUCCCUCAUUCAGAACAUAGAAACUGUGUUAGGCACAUUUAUCAAAAUUUCCAUAAAGUACACAAGGGAGAGCAGCUCAAGAAUGAUCUAUGGUCUAUAGCAAGGUCCACUAAUAAAGCUGCAUACACCAGGAACAUGGAUCUAAUGAAAGAACACAGCUUGGGUGCCUACACCUGGGUUGAGAAAUUGGAGCCAAGAACAUGGAUCAAAGCAUUCUUUGACCCGUUUUGCAAGUGUGACAUAUUACUAAACAAUAUGUCAGAAGUGUUCAAUAGUUACAUUUUGGAUGCGAGGGAAAUGCCAAUUAAGUCAAUGUUGGACCAGAUAAUGUGGAAGCUAACAAACAGGAUUGUUGGUAAGCAGAGAGAGGCAGAGAAAUGGACAGGCAGAUUAUGUCCCAAGAUACAGAAGAAAUUGGACAAGUAUGUGGAGUGGGCAAAGAACUGCAGGGUGCAAGAGUAUGGGCAAGGUGUUUGCAAGGUUUUCUCUUUGAACAACACAUACAUUGUUGACCUGAAAAUGCUUUCUUGUGAAUGCAAAAGGUGGGUACUAUCUGGCAUACCUUGCCAUCAUGCAAUUGCAUGUUUUAGGCAUGAGAGAAUUGAGCCAGAGAGCAUGGUCCAUUCAUGCUACACUGUUGAGGAAUAUAAGAAGUGUUAUGGAUUUAAUAUGAUGCCAAUGAGGGACCCACAGCAAUGGGAAAAAAUGCAUGGCAUUGCUGUUCACCCACCCCUGUACACAAAAGUAAUGGGCAGGCCUAAGAAGAACAGGAAAAAAGAUCCAGAAGAGAAGAAAGACAAGACUGGGGUGAAAAAAUUGAGCAAACAUGGUGUGACCAUGCAUUGUUCUGUUUGUGGAGCUGCUGACCAUAACAAGAAGGGCCACCACAAUCAUGUUAAUCAAACAACAUCUGAGGAAACAACAAUUGAAGAAGAAUAUGACGACCCAAGCAUAAUUGCUAACAUCAUGCCACACAGAGUCUACCCUCAGCUCGAUCCAACACAAACCCCUGACUCAAUGGUUUACAAUAUGCAAGAAAUGGAGAAGUUUACAUAUCCAGCACCUAGGGAAUUUGCCCCCCUACCUGAGUCUAGCUUCAUUGCCAAUGCCAGAGACUCAAUUCCUAUGGUUAGAGUUACAACAGCCAUGUCAAGAGGCAGGGUGAGAAAGACUGCUAAUGAGAAAGUUGCAAGGCCAAGGAAAAAGCAGGCAAGGGAAGGCAAUAUUGCAAUGGGAAGCAAUGUUGCAACAACUGGAAGCAAUGCUCCAACAAGUGGGGCCAAUGCAAGAGGAGGUGGCAAUGCAAGAGGAGGGGCCAAUGCAAGAGGAGGUGGCAUUGCAAGAGGAGGUGGCAAUGCAAGAGGAGGGGCCAAUGCAAGAGGAGGUGGCAAUCCAAGAGGAGCAAGAGCUGCUGCUCCAGGUUUCUUCAACUUGCUAUUUGGACCCGAUGGAUCCACAAUACAUGAACCGCCACUUGUCAUGCAGGGUGAGGAGGAGUUUACAUUACAUGCAUCUUUAGGUGAAAGUCUGAUGGAGUUCUUGAAUGAACUUGUUGGUUUGGUGAUGGAGUUCAUGAAUGAACUUGUGGUCUCUAGUUCAGUACUUAUUUAG